GCAUGAAGGAGCCCUUUCGGGCGAGCUCCAGCCAUGCAUCAACACAAUACCAGGUUCGGAGCGUAGAUGCAGAGCAACAACGCUGCCCAAGCUCCUCGGGUGUUUGUGAGUGCCCUGCCUGCUGCCUUGGCGCAGAAUUUGCCACUUCUCCACACUAUCUUCACCACCUUCGGAGAAGUCGAGGAUGUUUGGGCCCGUGUGGUGAAUCGCACGCGAAGUGUGCACGAAAGCUGGGGAUUUGUUCGCUUCAAGCUUCCUGAAGGUGCUGCAAGAGCUGUUUCCUUCGAAGACUGGGAAGGACUUCUGAAAGAUUCAGGUCUCUCAGAGACCUCUUUGAACGUGGCCACUUGCGCUGCAGAGUCGGAGGAGGAGGUGGUGUCAGAGGCUACAGUCAUCAAAGCGCUUGAAAGAGAAGAUGCAGCUACGUUCGACUUUGAGUCCUUUCGUGGGAGAUUUUCAAAGGAUUUGGCACGCCCCGUCUUGCGCCGAGAUGCUGAAGUGAUUUUCCGAGUGCUACAGCAGCAUAGGCCUGACACUACGCUCCAGGCGCAGCUGCAAGCUGCAAAGGAUGCUGCAGAACUUCCAGGAGGCAAAGGCCUUCUGCUCCUCACUGCUUACUCGAGAAACUAUGCUCCUGGCAAAGUGUGUGAAACAGCCAACCGAACGUAUGCUGAGAGGCAUGGCUAUGACUUUGAGUGCGACGUCCUCCCGGCUGAUGAAAUGUUGGAUGCAAUUGCUCCACGAGACGCUCACACUUGGUACAAGGUGCUGAUGCUUCGCCGAGCAAUAGCAGCAGGAAAGCAUGGAUUCGUUGUUUGGAUCGAUGCAGAUGCCCUGGUGGUGGAUCAGGAGAAGCCAUUGGAAGCCUUCAUUGCACAGGCGACAAAUGCCAGUGCAAGCUGGGUGUGGGGGCUUAAACAAAUGUGUGUUGCCAUUAACGGCAGCUGCAAGGUUGCGGGAUGACGGCACAUGACGGCACCAUAAACAAAUUCAAGACUCUUCUUGUUUUUCACUGUAGAUAAUUCCUUUUAACAAUGUAGACAGCCAACGACUCAAGGUUAUAUAAUUUACAUUUACUUUGGAAGCAUGUCAAGAUGUGAUUCUUCGGGAUGAACAUGUUCUGCCAGUAGCAUCUGCUUUUGUCCAGAACAACGCUUCAACAUCUCAUGAAUCCAGGGUAGAUGAGAAGUGGAAGGCAACUGUUCGCAUCUUCAGGCCAGCUGAUACAAAUAAAGGCAUACACAACGGUCGACUUUUUGUUCGACAAAUCACAGAAGUGCACCCUUCAGAAUAACAGACAGUUUGCAAUGCUGUCCAGGCUGAAGGCCGAGACCUCAUUGUUCAAGAAGAUCUUUCGGUGCACCACCCUUUCUGCGAAAAGAACGUUUUCCUGUUCAAUAGAUUCUACUGAUAUAUAAACGUGAGUUUUCCCUUUAUGGGGGGGAGGGUAGACUCUAAAAGGGGGAGUUGUAUAGCCUAAGCAAUUAAUAAUUAGUACAUAGCCAUAGCAAGGAAG